AUUCUAGUCGUGGGUGUCGCUCUGUGCAGUCCUCGCGUGUGCCGCCGAACUUAGUGCGCCGUUUGUGAGUGCUUUAGUUCCCGCUCGAGUAUAAGUGUGACGGAGAACCCGGUGACCUGCCGCGGAGGAUGUUAACAGCUCACGGUAGCAGCUGUUGAUGUCCGUAGUAGCAGCCAGCCCAUAGGCCACUUUUGUUCUUACCCCAGCUCCAUAUACCCCCUCCAAGAUUGCUGCCACGAUGGGUCGGAAGAAAAUACAAAUAUCCCGGAUCACGGACGAACGGAAUCGGCAGGUGACGUUCAACAAACGUAAAUUCGGUGUUAUGAAGAAGGCCUAUGAAUUGAGCGUGCUAUGCGACUGUGAGAUUGCCCUUAUCAUCUUCAGCUCGAAUAACAAAUUGUACCAAUACGCUAGCACGGACAUGGAUAAAGUUCUUCUUAAAUACACUGAAUACAACGAGCCUCAUGAAUCGCUGACCAACCGCAACAUCAUCGAGGCCCUAACGAAGAAAGAGCAUAAGAACGGAGUGAUGUCGCCCGAUAGCCCUGAAGCCGAACCGGAAUACAACCUGACGCCGAGGACCGAAGCCAAAUACUCUAAGAUCGAUGAGGAAUUCCAAAUGAUGAUGCAAAGAAACCAAUUGAACGGAAGCCGCGUCGGCGUCGGGGUGACCGGAAGCAACUAUAACCUUCCAGUCAGCGUCCCCGUCGGCGGUUAUGAUCAGUCAAUGUUACAAGCUAGUCCACAAAUGCAUACCUCUAUAAGUCCACGGCCUUCUUCAUCGGAAACUGAUUCAGUAUAUCCAAGCGGCGGAAUGCUCGAGAUGUCAAAUGGCUACCCGGGUUCAGGGUCCCCCCUGGGCGCGGCGUGCACGCCGUCCCCAUCGCCGGGGCCGGCGCCGUCCCCGCACCGCCACCCGCACAAGUCCCACGCCCACGCCCCGCCGCCACACCACUCGCCCCGGAAUAACAAUCUACGCAUCGUCCUACCCAGCUCGAUGCCGCCACCACAAGACGACUUAUCUUACACUGGAGAGACACCGCUAAGCUACUCAGGAAUCGGAAACUUUGGACCACAGGACUUCAGCAUGACCUCGGACAUGGGAAUAGGAUUAUCAUGGGGCGCCCACCAGCUGCAGACGUUACAGCACAACAGGUACAUUAACAGCCUGCCGGUGCUGGGCGGAGGGGGCACGCCGCCGCCGGCCGCGUCGCCGGGCAACGUGAAGAUCAAGGCCGAGCCCGUGUCCCCGCCCCGCGCCCCCGACCACCUGCACCGCGCGCCGCCGCCCGCGCAGCAGCCGCAGCCCCAGCCCGCACACCUCGCCGCCGUCAUCGAUGGUUCAGUGACAUCGAGUAACAUGGGCUCGCCGGCAGGCCAGGACAUGAGGCACUCGAGCGCAGUGCCACUCGACUACGAGCAGCCCCACACGAAGCGGCAACGGAUCGAGGGCUGGGCCACAUAGCUAGGCUACGAGGCCUUCGGCUCAUACCCGAGGCCCCUCCACCCGCACUGCUAAGUCCAGCCCGGGUGCCCCGCGCCCCCCGCGCCCCGCCACCCGCGUCCGCCGCCACUACCGAGCCUUGUCCCUCGUCAUCAUCCGACCGCGCCGACAGUGCUCUAGACCAAGUCUGAAAAUGAAAGGUGCAUCGAUAUCGAGGUGCUCGGUCGGCACGGUCGAAGCGGAACGCGAACAGUUCUUCGAGCGGAGAGACGGACGGAGGCCCGGGCGGUUCCAGAAGCGUCGACGUUUUCGUCCUGUCGCCGUUUCCCACUAGAGAUGUUAUCGAAGUCAACACUACCCUUCUAUUAUACGUAACGAUGUUAUUGUAAUUGCACAUUGUGAAUACACCGUAAGAUUAAAUGUUUAAGGUAAGUAAAAUUUAAUGCGCUCCUCUGAUUUUUGUAACGUAACUAAGUAUAGAUAGUGUUCCGGUCCCUCUGUAAAUAGACAAAAUUAAAUGUGCAAUCCGUGCCAUUGUCCGUUUAGCUUAACGUUUAGUCGAGGUGAUAGGUGAUAUUGUAUAAGUGUGUACCGAUACACCGCUAGCGGAGGAGAUGACCGAUGUGGGCGGCGCUGCGGUCGCCCGGGCGGCGGAGUUGUGCUAAGAACUGACUAUUUGAGUGUGAAUAGUGCGUCGAGAACUAAGAAGCGACUGUUGACUUCUAACGUUAGUGUUCUAAAAAGUUUUUGUGCCAUUUUAAAAAUAUUAUAAUAGUGUGACAUCCGAACUUGAAUCUUUAUAAAUUUAGUGAGCGUAGUGUCAUCACACAAGUUAAUAAAUCUAUGUAUUGUAAAAUCUACUUUAUCUAUUGACAUAUUUAUACAUGAGAAUCAUAUGAUAUUUACAUGAUAUGUAUACACGUCCCGUUAGGAACGAAUGUUAUGUAUGUAAGUAGGUAAUGUUAGCUAGAGUUGAGUAUAUAAAAAAGUACCACACGAAGCUUUAAAAUUUCUUAUGAUAACACUCGCACUCUAAGCAGUCUGUAAGUUAAUGAUCACAUUGAUUGUAUAGUAAUGGAUUAAAAAAAAAAGCAGACAAAAGUAUUUUUCACCUAGACCCUAAGGAAAGAAACAUUUAGGUACAUAUGUAAAUGUAAUUCUUGAUAAUCUUGAUGUCUAGUUUGUUACAGUACGGACAGAUGACACGUCGAACAAUGAAUACUUUAUUUAAACAGAUCUGCAAUUGCAUAUAAAUAUAUGAACAAGCCUUCUAGCUGAUAUAUUUAAAUAUAUACGUGCGUACAUAUGUAUGUAUGACUAUUGAUCGACGACGUCAACGGUUAUAUUUUUUUUACAUAGUGAAUAUACGUUAAUUUGCAAACCGAACCGUCGAGUCAAUUUCAGUAAUAACCGUACCAUUCGUACUUGUAUUUGUUAAAUACUGUGUAUCUAGUUGGUGUAGUGGAUUAUAUGAACGAUGCUUGUUGUUAGUAAAAUUUUAUUAUUUUGUUAGUGUGAUCUGAAGAAGUUUCAUGCAUUUUAUUUCUUGUUAGGAGUAGUUGUUAUAGUAAUGAACAAUAUCGAUUACCUACGUGUAAACAAAGUCAGCUUUAAAUGCACAUACUUACAAAAGAAAUGUAAUUUAUUAUAAUGAAUAUUGUACCUAUUUUGGUAUAGCACUAUUUCACAAUCCGCCCUAUUUUUAGAUGAUAUUGUCCAAGGAAUUAACGAUGAGAUGUAUAGUUGAUGGAUUAACGUAUUCUGUAAUUGUUAUCUGUGUAACCGCGUGUGACCCCACGUACAUACGUAUAUCUAUCUGUAUGUCGGUAGUUCUAUGCCCUUAAGUACCCAGCAUCGUUUCCGUUCUGUUUGCCAGCUCACUGUAAACUAUAUCAUGUUGUCUACUUUAUUUUACUCUAUCCACUCAUAUCGUCUCACUGUAGAUGCCUUACUCACAGUGCCUAAAUGUACCAUUUUGUACCAAAUUUUGUAUGAUACGAUAGCAAUUUUGCUUUUAUAUAUUUUCACACCCUAAUAACUUUAAGACUUUGAGAAACGUGAAUGUGCCGUGACCGUAGAUAGCUGAUAAUGUAUAUUGACACUAAAUAUUAUUGAAUUUGUAUCCAUAUGAUGUUACUGUAGCUAGGGGCUAUCUACGGUCGAUGCGAUUUGGCGCUACAUCACGUUUCGGAAACAGUUAAACUGUUUAUAAAAUAACUUGUGAUUGUAACAAUAUUAUUGUAUUAAUUAAUUAGUAUACAUAAAUAUAUUUGCAAAAAUCCCUUAGAAUAAAUCCUUCAAAUCACAGUAACAAAAUGUUGAUGUAGUGUUUGUUGAAUUUGUACAGGGAAUUACCAGUUUUGAUGUUCAAAAGUCUGAACGAGUAAGAAAUGUAUUUUCGCAUUGUAAAAUAAGUACACGAUUAGUAUGUAAACGAAUUAAUAUUUUAAUACCGAAGCAUAAUGAAUGUUGACCCAUUUUAGGGAACUAUGAAAUUCAUGUAAGUACACCUUUAAUGUUAGCAUAAUUGUUAAUGUGGUAUAAUAACGUACCUACACUGUUGAAGUCCUUGUAUUAUGAGAUUCUACUGUUACGUUAUCUGAAAUGGUUUUCGGUCGUUCGUUCCUAAAAGUUCCUUUUGUCUGGAAUCGUCGGUGUGCUUUCGAAUUAGAAUUUGCUCAAUUGUGUUCGUUUGACGAUAAACCCACAUAUGCAUCACAAUUAUAGUUAUAUGUACUCUAUAAGCCAUUCGAUAUAACCAUUCAAACGGCAAACGUACUAGUGAUUUCUAAUUCACAAUAUUUAUUUGAAUUGUACAAUGUUUAUCGUCGUUACCUACAUACCUAUCACAAAUUGCACCAAUGGAUGGUCACUAUAAACACUUAUAACCAACGGUGUUGUAAAUCAUUAAUUGCACAAAAUUAACGUACGAAAUGGGAGCGUAUUGAAAUUUGUAUAAGAGAAACAAGUUGUCGGUAAUUGAUCGAAUAAUACGCGUAUUUGUCGCGUGACGACGUUACUUACAUAUUAAAAUAUUACCUUGUAUAAAAUAAUCAACAGUAAGCUGGUAUUGGGAGCAUUAUUUCCGUGGUUGUGAGUAUUACUAUCGGGAAUGAGUUCACUUUUUAAUUAAAUAAAUAUUGUAUAAUAUUAAUAUUCAUUUUGAACGCACAACUGUGUAGUUGUGUGUCUUGUAAAAAGAGUUUGCUUGGUUUGUUUUUAGAUGUACCUACUUUUGUAUAUGUUUUACCCUUAUUUAUAAGCUGUGCAUCAAUAGCAAACAGUUUUAAUUCAGUUAAAUUAUUACCUAUAGGAUGAGUAACUCGUUGCAUUUAAUGGAAAAUUUAGUCAUAAGUAUGAAAUGCACGAAAUCAUAUAUUGAUUUCGCCACCGUAGAUAUUAAUGUAUGCUAUGUUCCCACGUCUCUCUUUGCUAUUGUUUCACAGCAAGUUAUAAACGACCCAAAAUAGAUGAUAGGAACAUAAUACAUAUCCUUAAUGAAUACUCAAGUCGAUUUCACAUAAUUUUCUCUCGUAACAUCAGUUGUGCAAUACAUAAAUAACAAAAUGCUUAGGUAGGUAUUAGGUAUAUUUUCGUUUGAAUUUACAAAUAAUGCAAAAUCUGUUGUAUUUUAUCGAUAUUUUUACUGACAGUGAGGGAGAUGUCACAGUUAGAUGGCGCCUCUCACGAAUUAAGUCAUAAUGUAUAAUUAUUUUCUAAGAAAAGGCCGGGCCAAAUAUUGCAUUAAUUUAGGUCUCGCGGCGCCUGUGUUUCUGUGUCGAGGCAGCCAAUUCUGCCCUGUGUAUAAAAUGUACGAUGAAUGAAACAUCUCAGUGGCUGAAUGAAAUAUUAAUGUUUAUCGACAGUGUUAGAAAAAUUGUUAUAAAUUAUUUUGAUGACUGUUCGAAGGAUAAUAAAGAGUUGGAUGUC